CGUUAGUAAUCAAUUGCAAGCCCACCAGCCAAGACCGCAAAGACAGCGCCAGUCGCAGAAAGAGCUAAACGCUCAAAAUAAAAGUAUCCAACGCAAAAGAAAAACAACUGCUUCUGCAAAAUAAAAAAACACACACACAACAAAUAAAUAACAACAACAAAACAAAACAAAAUCAAAACCUAAACCCGAAUUAAAAGCGUGUACGUAUUCGCCGUCGUUGCCAACCGUCGUCGUCGCCUUAAACAAAUUUACUUAGCCAACGUAGCAACAAAUACCAAAAGCAUCAAAUAUGAGGAAGCUAAGCACACAUCAAAUUGCAGCAUUGGUCUUCUGCAGCGCCGUUUGCCUGAUAAACGCGUCUCCCCUGCCACAGCCCGCUGGCAAUCAAGAAUUAGAUAUGUUGCAAAUACCACUGGCAAAUGGAAAGGAAAUCGAUGUUCUAACAAUUGGGACCAAAGAUCAAGAACAAUUGAUAGCCGAUCGCAAUAAAAGAACCAUUGGGCUGCUGCGUGAACUCUUUCCCGACAUAACCAAGCAAAUUGAUGAGCAAGCGAAUCGCAUCAUCUCCAAACUGUUGCGCACCUUGGGCCCAACAGUGUUGCGCACUGCCAUUCAGGGCAACGCCGCCAAUUCAGCUCGCGAAUCCUUCGAUGCCGACUUCGAUGAUGACGAUGAGGGCACGAAGAGCAGCGACUCGAAUGCCGCUGGCAGCGGAUCGUCUAGCGAUAGUGGCACUCGUGUCACCAUCGAAUUGCCCACCUUUGAGCCCACCGAUGAUGACAAUGAGAUUGACUCGGAACCGAAGAGCAGCGGCAGCAGCGGCAGCAGCACCACGACAACUGAGGCGAGUCGUCGUAAAUAAACCACAACAGCAUCAGCAACAACAACAACAACAACAGCAACAACAACUUCUUUCUCCUAUAACGACAACCAGAAAAUGUGCGUGUAAUUUGCUGCAAAAACCAUCGCAAAGCAAUUGGCAAAACAACAAAAUUCAAUUUUUCUUUAAUGAUUUCACAUUUUUGUUCCGUGUUUUUCAAAGCAGCUACAAGAAUUGGCCUAACUACAAAAAGCAAAAAGCAAUUCCAAAUCGAAACAACGUGAACCACAUCCAUAGCAACAAAUUCUUCAAAACACACACAAACAAAACAAAUUUACAUUUUUUACUUUUAAUACUGGUAUUGUUUGGAAUGCUAUUAGUACUAUAUAUAUAUUGUUAUAAACUUUGUAAGAUACUGGGUUUCGAUACAUUUUUUAAACUACAAAUAAUGCACAGUCAUUUCUUUUUUGUGACAUUUCCAAAAUUUUUGUGACAAAAUUUUCGUACAAUGUCUUUGCCAUCUUUUGCUUGUCUUCUUCCAUCGCUGUCCAAACUUUGUCUGUCUUCUCUCUGCCUCUCUCUCUCUCUCUCUCUCUCUAUGUAUCUCUCUUUCUGUCUCUGUCUUUCCUUAUUCAUGAAUGCGUUUUUUUGUAACACAAAUUGUUUUCUCCAAAAUUUAUUUGAAUUCUAAAAUAUGAUGAUUUUUGUAUUAGUUCUUUAAGUUGUUUUUAUAAUAAUUAAAUAUACCAAAAUACUUAUAACAUUAAAUGAAACGAGUUUUGUGCAUUCCAAUGCAUCAUCGACAUACUUUAUAGAAAUUCAUCCAUACUAUAUCAGAGUAGAGAUUCAACUACAAUUGCGCAAGUGCUUGGAGUGUGUUCUUUUUUUAGUGUUAUCACAACACUCAGCAUUCCGAGUGUUUACUCAUAGUUUGCAUAACACUCUCUCAUCUAUCUAUUAUACGAGUAUUAUAUGAUAUCUCUUGAUGAUGGAAUCUCCAUCUCCAUAUAUAUACAUAAUAUAUACAAUACAUUUGCAUUUCAUACGUACGUCUUGCACAACUUAUACAACAAAACACUGCCAUCCACCCACAUUUCUCGUUUUCGAUGACAGCUUCGAAUAUAGUUUUUAAUGGCUUCAAUCACUCGCUUGUGCUCUUUCUCUCUGCCUUCUUCAACCGAAGAAGAAGCCUCAAAAACACAAACAAAACAUUUCCGACUCAUUUUCUUCAUUAUAUUAUAUAAAAGAGUAAAAUCCCAAAAUACUUCUCCUCUAUUAUAUAAAGAACAACUUAAUCACAUUUAUUUUGUCCGUUGAGAUUUAUCCAAAAAAGAAAAAAAAGAAAUGGUGUUUGCACAAAUGCAUUCGUUUUAAUGUAACUUUUAAUUUGCAAUUAUUUUCCAUGUAUGUACGCUUUGUAAUGAAUAAAUACAAUUUGCAUACCCCAAACCGAAUGUUUACUUAUAAGUAAUUAGAUAUUGUCUGGCAAUAAUGAAUUUCUUAAUUGAAUAUUCACAUGUUGUUUCAGUACCAUCGACGCAUCCGGGAAAUUUGCUUAGGCUUUUAGAGCUCAGUUUAAAAUCGGGCAUUUUUGUAAUUUUUUUUUUUAAUUCUAUAAUAUUUAAAUUUUGAUAGUCACUUUAUGUUUUAACUUUGUCAACACCCUUUUCGCUCAGUGCAAAAGAAAAAAACAAAAUACUUUACUUGAGCGUCCCUGCUUUAUACAAUAGUUUGUAUUUUUUUUUUUAUUACUCGCUCAUUUGUCUUGUCUCUAUCUGCUUUUUGUUUUUUCUCUCUUGUUUAUUUUGAAACUUUUUCUCUUUAUUUUCAUGUUCCAUUAAACCGAUUCGAUUUGUGCAAAUAACUAAAAAAAAAAAUUAUAAUAUGAAAUUAAAUAUAUAACAAAAACUACAAAAAUGUUAUACGUAAAAAAAAAAUCCGUUAUUUUUUUGUAAUUUUUCGCAAUCGCAAAUCAAAAACGCCAAACUUCAAAACUCCAAUUAAAACGAAAUAAUAAUCGAAAUAAUCUAAUAAUAAAUCAAAAAUAUGUGAAAAUGUAUACAUAAAUACAUCAAUUGCAUUUGUGCACGUGCAUUAUUUCAUCACCAACGAAUUAAUCCCCAAUUAUUAAACGUCAAUCUAUCAUAUAUCAAACUAAACUGGCUAAAAAUCUUAACACAUUGCCAACACAAAUACUAACACCCACUCCCAUUCAUCCACACCUACACACCUAUACACAAACACACACACGCACACAUUGAUCGAGUUGUCUUUCUUAUACUUGCAAUUCAACUCAACUCAACUCAACUCAAUACAAAACACAACUCGACACAUUGCACUCAAAUUCCGAAUUCACCACUCUGCCUUUUACCACACAACAAAUUCACCACGCACCUGCCAAACUCCAAAACAAACGUAUCCGAAAAAAAAAAACAAAAAACAUUUUUAAAACGCAUAAAAUCAACUGCAAAAUUCGAAAUUCUUAAAAUGCAUCAAUUAAAAAACAAAACGCCAAAAAAAA